CAAAGCUCGGCCGAUGUCGUCGGCUGUGUGGGAUGCUUGCAUGCCCGAAGGGCGACCAUCAAGCCCUCGCAUGAAAAACCCUGCCAAGGCUCUGGCAGGUGGAGCUACCGUCGUGUCGUCUGCUGCUCCUCCACGACCACCGUCGUUGGUGUCUGCGGAAAGCCUGUUCGACAUGGGAAAGCCAUCCGAAGAGGACGGCGCGACAAAUAUUCAAGCUAACGUCGGCUACGCCAAGUCCAGAGAUGGCGUCUUCCAGAUUAUCGAAAUGGUGGUGGGCCUGGUGGCCUUCAUCUGCGUUGAGUCUGUGGCCGAGUGCCGCGGCGCGUUCAACUGUGCGCCUCCCGGCUGCGUGCACUCGUACCGCUUCUUCGCCAUCGUCAGCUUCGCCAGCGUGCUCGUAACGGCCGCCAUCUUCGCUGCACGCAUGCUGGGCGUUGCGCACAGGGUGCCGGUGCCGGUUAGACAUCGGCCGUUUGUGGAACGUCUGUACCUGAUUACAACAGUCAUUUUGUACUUCUUCGCGGAUGCCUUCAUCAUCGCUUUUCAUGGGAACCGUCUCGGAUACCAAUGUGCUGCUGUGCUGGGCGUGGCUACACUGGCCGCCUACUGCGUCCACUUGGCGCUAUUGAUGGCCGAAGAGCCGCUGGGUCGGCUCCUUCCCAAGCUGGGCACGAAGACCAAGGCGGGCAGUGGGACCAAGGAGGACAGCGGGUCGCAGCAUUCGUGGGAGCCACCCGCCGGAGUUGACGACGGCACCGCGCCUCAGCUGGGGCCCGUGGUGCUGCGACCGCGCCGCUCGUCCGUCGACUCCGGAGAAGGCGGCACCCGCCGGCCAGAACUGCCCGGCUCAAAGUCGCCGUCACUCACUUCGUCCCGCAGCUCAUCGGACUGCGCCGAUACGGCUAGCGUGCAUAGUGCGAACUUCGUCACCGUCAACUUGGACGACGUGACGCAGCCGCCUGGCAGCAGCGAAGUGCCCUCGUGAAUGACGUCUCCGACAGGGUGUCCCGUAUUGGACAAUGAGCUGUGAUAUGCCUUGCCCGAGCCACAGGGACGGCGUGCUGACUAUAUAUAUUCUCACUUUGCACGAUUCACUCCGCGCGCGUUUCGCCCCAGCUAGUUCCGAGCAGAUUCUUUUGUAUCGCCGGACGCGGUCAAUAGUCGGAGGUCUCGCGAGAUUCGCGCGUUGCGUCACUCACGACCACGGCGGAAGCGAACACGGAACAAACACAGGAACGCGUGCUGCGCCAAAGAAUCAACGUCAACCAAGUUAUUAUAUAUACACAAUUUCGAAUUCACGCAGAGAUUACUACUCAGUACUCGACAGUGCCUCGUAUACAUACAUAUCGCGUGGGAGAUAUUUUUUAUGCGAUUCUGCCAUGUGGUUCGCGCAACGAACUUGAUAAAAUACAUUCCAAAAUGGUUCUUAUAUGGUCACAGUAACAAACUAUUGAAACAAGGCACCUUCAGCUUGCCACCCUGUAUGCUUUAAUUACGGACGAUUAUAUGUUUUAUGAUAGGCUAAAUGUACUUGGUUUACCUCUUUGUACAAAUACAGCGAAAUUUGUCACGAGGUAAUAAUAAAAUGUUUGGAGCAACGUA